CUUUUUUAAUGCAACGGUUCGUGUUUGAGUUCGUGUAAGUCUAGUAAGUAUGCUGCGGUAAAAUGUCACUAGUGGUAUAAGCGUUGAGUUUGUUGUUCACGGGUUGGCAGAAGUGUGUUAGGAGCGUGGGUGAGAGGGCAGAAGUAGUAGUUGUAAUAUAUGGCGCCAAAAAGGUAAGACCACGAGCUCGCCUUGUAAAAUUCAAGCAAAUAAAGAAAGUUUAAACCGCAAUAAGGAGACGUCAUUUAAGUAGCAGUAUCCUCCAAGAAACGACGAUCACCAGCGUUCACAGGAGUGAACCCGGCCGUAAAAGAGCAGCAAAAACAUUUGGUCCUUCGAGCCGGAUCCUGGGCGACGAGACCGGGAUCGAAAGGGCGGCAGGUCUGGUUUCAGACCACAAGGAGCAGCCCGACCUUGGAAGCGAGCGAAGCAAGUGUCCUGGAUUGCUGCCAGGGACAAUUCAGAGGCGUCAUAAAUUCGAGUAAGGCAAGCCAGAAAGACGCGGACGAGUACAUGUUACCCGGCGUGGUCGAAGCCAUUAGACUCGGCGCGCGGGAACGUCCAUUUUACCCGGCGUGGUAGAAGCCAUUAUACUCGGCGCGCGGGAACGUCCAUGCUGCCCGGCGCGGUCGAGUACAUUAUACCUGAGGGACAAAUACGUUCGCGCCGACACACGGACGACGCACGGACGACGCCAUCACCACGUGCACGCAGUUUGGCGGCAAGAGCAAUCCGCUGGUGACAACGCAGAGACGACAACAGCAGCGGAAGUAAUCACAAGCGGGCACGAGGGGGAGCGGCAGAGAAAAUCCGUGGAUGACAACGUGAAGACGACAGCAGUACGAGAGGAGCAGACAAGCGUGCGCUUCCUACAUAAGCGAUAAGUAAAGGACAUUGCGAACGAUAGCAAAUGCAAGGGACAAAUUCUUAAAUGUAAGGAUUUCAAGUCAGUUAUUAGAAGCGUUUUCAAGUCAGUUCGUUAUAAGAAUUUAGUCAGUUCGGUACAAGCAUUUUAAGUCACUUCGUUGUAGCAUUUGAUGUUAGUUGAAUUACGUGGCGCGUGAUAAAUUAAAUAAUAAGUAUGGAGAAUAAUCCGGAAAUAGCAAAACUGAAACAGAAAAAAAGGAUAGCGAAGGCUAGCUUCACGAGAGCAGAGAAUUUUUUAAGAACCGUAGAGCCGGACAAGGUUAAGGUAGACGAAGUAAAUUUAAGGUUAAAAAAGUUAGAAGAAGCUUGGAAGGCUAUUGAGGAAAGUUUAACAGAAUUAGCAAUUUGUGAAGCAUUAAGUGAAGAGCAGGUAGACCAGGAGUUGGUCGAGCAAGAGGAAAGGUAUAUAGAGUUAAGGUUAUUCGGAGAAAGAUUAGUGGGAGACCGAGUGAGACCAGCCUUCGCUGAAAAUAACCUAAACCAAGCAGUCGAUGUAUUGGAGAAUCAAAGAAUACGCAAUAAUGACAACCAGGUUAGAUUACCUAAAAUUGAAUUGCCAGUGUUUUCCGGAAAAUACGAGGAUUGGCAUUCCUUUUACAAUACGUUUCAGUCAUUAAUACAUUCUAACCAGUCUAUAAAUGAGAUUCAAAAAUUCCAUUAUUUAAUAUCUUCAGUGAAGGGCGAAGCGGCCGAAACUAUAGCAUCUUUAGAAAUAUCUGAAGCCAAUUAUAGAGACGCUUGGUUUAGGUUAAAGGAGCGUUACGACAUUGAAAGAUUCGCGGUUCAAAAUCACAUAAAGGCAAUAUUUGAGCUACCUACGCUAAAAAGGGAAAAUAGUAUAACUCUGCGAAGCAUAUUAGACGGUAUAUUGAAGCACAUUCGUGCAUUAGCGGCUUUAAAACGACCCACGAGUCAGUGGGAUGAUUUAUUAAUUUAUGUCAUAACGAGUAAAUUAGAUUACAUCACAACAAAGGAAUGGGAAAGCCACGUGGAUGCUCAACGUCUGCCUACGUUCCAAGAGUUAAUUGAAUUUUUAACCAAGCGAUGUCAGAUGUUGGAGGCUGUGGCCAGAAGGAAUCCAUCCAUACCAAAGGUUGAUAAUUCACGCUCGGCUAGUCAAGGUAAAGUCACGACCAAUCACGCUGCAGUAACGGGCGUUAAAUGCGCGCAUUGUCAAAGCGAUCAUCAAAUAUACCAGUGCCAGGCAUUUAAAGAAUUGUCGGUUUCAGAUCGUUUAAAGCAAGUAAAGGCGUUGAGGCUUUGCUUGAAUUGUCUAAAGGGUAAGCACAUGGCAAAGGACUGUUACGCGGGUGGCUGUAAGAAAUGCGCGAAAAAGCAUAGCACUUUGUUACACGAGGUUCGCGAAUCUUCAAAGGAGGAUAAGACUGAGAAAAAUAGUUUAUGUGCGACACAGCAAGUUAACCAAGACAAAGCAGUUGAUACUAUAAACGCGUGUUCUCAAGUAGUGGAGUCGGUAGGAGCAUAUCAGGUAUUAUUAUCUACAGCAAUAGUUAAAGUCAAGGACCACACGGGUCAUUACAAAGAAGGCAGAGUUGCAUUGUUAGAUAGUGGCUCUCAAUCUAGUUUCAUAACGGAAGAAUUUGCUAAGGCGUUAAAUUUGAAAGCCGUUGAUGAGAAAGUAAUGAUAAAAGGGAUAAACCAAAUCGCGUCAAAGUCAACCAAAACCGUAAAUUUAAAAAUAGCAUCCCGUUUUGGCACGUUCGAAAGAGAUUUAAGUUGCAUCGUACUUCCUAAAAUUACGCAAAAUCUACCUACGGUGUCAAUAAGCACGACGGCGUUAGAGAUACCAAGGAAUAUUAAGUUAGCGGAUCCUAGUUUUAAUGUAUCAAAUAAGAUAGAUUUAUUGAUCGGAGCGGAAAGUUUUUGGGAAUUAAUCUGUAUAGGGCAAAUAAAGUUAGGCGUAAAGGGCCCCAUAUUACAAAAAUCAUUAGUCGGGUGGCUAGUCACGGGACCAAUAGGAGAAGUUAAAGCUAACAAGAGAAUACAAACCCAAUGCAAUUUGAGUACAAUGGCAGCAUUAAAUGAGACCAUGAAUAAGUUUUGGGAAACAGAAAAUUAUAAGGGAAGCGUAGCAACAAAUGACGAGGAGUCAUACGUGGAAGGGCAUUUUUUAGAAACGUAUAAGCGUCAACCGGACGGAAGGUUUAUUGUUCAAUUACCGAUCAAAGAAGAAGGGAUAGAAUUAUUAGAAGACUCCCGAAAAGUAGCGUUAAGGCGACUGCUAGCUUUAGAAAGGAAAUUUGAAAAGCGUCCAGAAUUGAAGACUGAAUAUGUUAAAUUCAUGCGCGAAUACGCUCAAUUAGGUCAUAUGAAGCGAAUAGAGAAUCACGAUAGCGAUAAAUUGCGGGUCUUCUUACCACAUCACGCCGUGCAAAACGAAGAUAGUAAAACCACAAAAACGCGGGUGGUGUUUGAUGCGUCUAGUCGAUACGCUAAGGGAAGGUCGUUGAACGACGCAUUAUAUAAGGGACCGGUAGUUCAAACAGACUUAUUCGAAUUAAUUGUACGCUUUAGGGCAUAUAAAUAUGUUUUGUGCGCGGACAUAAAAAAGAUGUACAGACAAAUCUUGGUGAAUAAGGAACAAACGCGUUUACAAAGUAUCCUGUGGCGGGAAGAGGUUAAUUCAGAGGUGGAGGAAUACGAGUUACUGACCUUAACGUACGGGACAAAACCUGCUUCAUUUUUAGCAACCAGAUGCCUAAAGCAAUUAGCGGAAUUAGAAAAAUCGGAUUAUCCAAGGGCCGCGGAGAUAGUCAACAGAGAUUUUUACAUGGACGAUUUAAUAACCGGCGGGAAUUCAGAAUCCGAGAUAAGAGCGCUAAAAGGGGAAGUAACGGAGUUGUUAGCGCGGGGAGGGUUUGAAUUACAUAAGUGGAAUUCGAACAUUUUAAUAAAUAAGCUAAGUCAGACUGAAGAAGAGGCUGUGAGUCUAAGCAAGGAGCAGGAAUCCAGACUGUUAGAAGUAUUGUGGAAUCCAUGCAAGGAUACAAUUUAUUAUAAGGUAUCACUAAACGAUAACGAAGCACGUGUAACAAAGAGAGCUAUGCUGGCACAAAUUUGCCGACUAUUCGAUCCAUUAGGACUUGUAGGGCCUGUCAUAGUAUCAGCUAAAUUACUCAUGCAAGAAUUAUGGAGUCUAGGCGUAGAUUGGGAUGAGUCGGUGUCAAUGCACAUACAAAAGGCGUGGGAGAAAAUAAGGUCACAACUGUGCAUGCUUAAUAGCUUAAAUAUAGUUAGAAAGGUAAUCUCAGGAGAUAAAAACUGUCAAGUAGAAAUACAUGGAUUUUGUGACGCGAGCGAGAAGGCAUAUGGAGCAUGCAUAUAUAUACGUGAACAAAACGAACGAGGGGAGGUAACAGUCUCAUUGCUAUGCGCGAAGUCGCGUGUGGCACCUAUCAAGGCGCUAUCAUUACCGAGGUUAGAGUUGUGUGGAGCCGUGUUGCUGGUAGAUUUGAUGGAAAAGAUAAUAAAAUGUCUCGACUUAAAGAUGCAAAAAAGGUUUUAUUGGACUGACUCUUCGAUAGUAAUGGCAUGGCUGGGCUCCCCGGCUAAAAGAUGGCAAGUGUUCGUAGCCAACCGUGUUAGCAAUAUUCAUGACAAAUCCUCAAUUUCUGAGUGGCGACAUGUGAGAUCCAAAGAAAAUCCCGCUGAUGUCAUAUCAAGGGGCACUAUGCCCAAGCAAUUAAUGCAGCUAAAAUUGUGGUGGGAAGGACCUCAAUGGUUAAAAGAAAAUGAAAGUUUAUGGCCUAAGGAAAGAGAGGAAUUGUCAGCUGAACAGAUACCGGAAAGAAAAAGACAAGCGGUGAUAGCGUUAGCGAAAAUAGACGAAGCAUUUAUAAAAUACCAAAGAUUUUCUUCAUUUAACAAAUUGUUGCGAGCGUUAGCAUAUGUAAUAAGGUUUAGCAGGAAUCUAAAGAGUAAAAAGGAAGAACGCGAAAGAGGGCCGAUUACGGUUAUAGAGGUUAAUAAAGCAAAGUUAGCAAUAGUCAAAUUGACACAAGAAGAAGUGUUCCAAGAAGAUUUGAGGGAGUUGAAGAGUGGCAAGAUUCACCGAAGAUCCAAGUUAGCAGCUUUACAUCCUUUCCUGGACAGCCAGGGAAUAUUAAGAGUAGGAGGAAGAUUAAGACACGCUCUGAUAGACGAAGAAAGAAAGCACCCUAUAUUACUGCCAGCAAUACAUCACGUUACAACAUUGAUCAUAGUGCAUCAUCACGAGAGACUUUUUCAUGCAGGAGCUCAAACGACAUUAAACUCAGUACGAGGAGAAUUUUGGCCGAUCUUUGCGAAGAGCUGAGUAAAAAAGGUGAUUCGUAAUU